AUGGCGGGAUAUCUCGAAGCAGCAGGCGCCACGUGUGGUGCGGCUGCCGGUUCUCAGUACCAUCACUACGGUUAUCCUCCGAUGGGGGUUGGAUCUCAUUCCCAUCCGCAUGCCGAUCCGGGGCUCGCGUCGCCUUUCGCCCUCGCGACUCACGGGCACCCGCAUUCGCAUCCGUUCGAUCAUGCGCUGGCGAGUUUUCCGCAAGGCGUGAACCAGCGUAAGCAACGAAGGGAAAGAACCACAUUCACGAGGGCCCAGUUGGACGUGCUCGAGGAGCUUUUUUCGAAGACGAGAUACCCGGACAUCUUUAUGCGCGAAGAAGUCGCUGUGAAAAUAAACCUGCCGGAAUCUCGAGUGCAGGUAUGGUUCAAGAACAGACGCGCGAAAUGCCGACAACAAUUGCAGGCGCAAACUUCGGCUGGCAAAGGAUCAGCAAAGGCUGCUCAGUCCCAGGUCAACGCCGUGAGCGCGCUGCAAUCGAAUCAGGCGUGCAACAACAACAACAACAACAAUAACAACAACAACAACAAUAAUAUCAACUCUGCGCCGAUGUCGCCAUCGAGCACCAUGGAAAUAUCUGGACCGACGUCUCCGCUGAUGUCGAGCAGCGCAGCUUAUCCAAGAGCGGAUGCAACGCCAGCCGGAAACGCGUCGAACAGACCCCUGGCAACUCCUUCACCGCCGUUGACACCUUCGCCCUAUUUGACUUCGGUGAGCAAAAUGCACCAUGGCGACUACGGUUUUUCAUGGAGCGCUGGAUCGCCCAGCUCGAUGAGCGCGAGUCAAUGUUACCCAGUGAGUCAAACGGCUUACAACGCUUACCAGAAUCCGUACGCUUCCGGUGAUUAUUAUCAGACGCAACUCAGCAACAUGCAUCAUAAUUCCCAGAACAAUUAUCACCAUCAUCACCACCACCGUUCUCAGUACCAUUACAACAUGACGCUGACAUCUUCCAUGUCGCAUCUCGCUCAUCGUCAUUUAAACCCGGCAACGAUUAACGCAAUGACUGCAACAUCAGGCCCAGCCGACUCGACAGAAACUUACGAACUGUCGGAUCAGAAAUAUCAACUGAUGGUUUAA